AUGUCGUCACGCAGUUACUACAGCAGCAGCAACAGCGGCGGUUCCCAAGGCUCAUCUGCGAUGAAGACCAAUCUCAACAAGCUGUUCGAUCGGUACCAAGAGGCUGGUGCACCAGACAAAGACAUCGUCGGAGUAGAGGGCACGAUGCGGUAUUUCGACGACACUGGCGUCGAUGCCGAGGGCCUAGAUGCGUUGGCGGCUCUUGAAAUCGUCCAGGCCCCUACCAUGGGCGAGAUGAGCCGCGAUGGCUUCGUCAAGGGUUGGUUGGAGCGCCACUGCGAGACCAUCGACAAGCAGAAGUCGUAUCUCAAGAUUCUCAAGAGCGAGCUCUCGGGCAACAAAGACGUCUUCACCCGGGUGUACAAGUACACAUUCACCAUCGCCAAGACUGCGGACCAGAGGGCUGUUCCACUUGAGAUGGCCACAGUGUACUGGGAGUUGCUCUUCAGUUCGCCCUUGUCUGCUGUUCAGUGGUCAAGUCCCAACACUCCGUGGCUUACUUGGUGGACUGAAUUCCUCAACACGUCGUGGAAGAAGAGCGUCAACAAGGACAUGUGGAACGAGACACUCAAGUUCGCGCAACUCUCGCUGGAAGACGAGACUAUGGGCUUCUGGAACGAGGAGUCUUCAUGGCCGUCUGUCAUUGACGACUUUGUCGAGUUUGUCAAGAAGGAGAAGCGGGGUGACACCGGGGAGCAACCGAUGGACGAAGACUACUAUUGA